GAUUUUCCAUCUUAGCCUGCUUUUGUCCCCCAUCCAUUCCCCUCACACACUGCCUUUCGUCUCUCUCAUCAAACCUCACCACUUCAAUUUCUAUUCGCCUUUCGAUCAUCACAAGCACCACAUCAAUCGUUGUUGAUGUCUUUUGUUGGCUGACCUUUGAUUUGGUUUCAUUUUUAGGGUUUUUCUCAAUCCAUCGACCCUCCAAUCGGCUGAUUCCGUCUUGUUUACAAGAAAAUUCAAUAUCCAACGCGGUUUCGGUUUCGGUUUCGGUUUAGAUUUAUCCAUAAAAGAAAAAUAAUCAACAUCAAUCCGGAUUGACCCUCUAAUUUGUCGAAAAAUCUUUGCAUUCGUGAUUCGGUUUAUUCUUUCUUUUUGCUGAGAUCGGAGGAUUUGUAAUUUAGGGUUUUAGUGGAGAUGUUGGGCGCUGGAUUGCAGUUUGGACGGAGUCGUGGUGGAGAGGAUAGGUUUUACAAUCCGGCGAAAGCGAGAAGGAAUCGUCAGAAUCAAGAGAAUCUACGUAGAGCUCAAAGUGACGUUACUCCGACUCAAUCUACGACGUCUUCUGGUAGGGAGGACCCGGAUAAUCGAGUCAUACAGCCAUCGAAGCCUGUAGCGUUGGAACCCUCGGUGGUCGUGGCGGCGGCUGUGCCGGCUUCCUCACCGUUGUGUAAUCUAGAACGGUUUUUGGAUUCUGUUAUGCCUUCAGUUCCUGCUCAACAUCCAUCUAAGCAGAGAACUAUGAGAGGGUGGAGGACUAGUGAUGUGGAAUAUCAACCGUACUUCGUGCUUGGUGAUUUGUGGGAAUCUUUCAAGGAGUGGAGUGCUUAUGGUGCUGGUGUCCCGUUGGUAUUGAAUGACACUGAUGGUGUGAUCCAGUACUAUGUGCCUUAUUUGUCUGGAAUUCAAAUUUAUGGAGACCCUUUGAAGUCUUCAAUGAAAUCGAGAAAACCAGAUGAGGACAGUGAUGACUCCUUUAGGGAUUCAAGUAGUGAUGCAAGCAGCGAUUACGAACAUGAAAGGGGUAAUCACCAUCCGAAGAGUGUAAUCUCUCGACAAAUGGAUCAGUUGUCAUUGAAAGAUCAGCAUCAUGUACUUCAAGAAGGAUUUUCUAGUGAUGACAGUGAUUCUGUGAGCAACCAAGGUUGCCUGUUAUUUGAGUACCUGGAGCGGAAUCAGCCUUGGGGCAGAGAACCUUUGACUGACAAGAUACUUGACCUUGCCCGCUCCUUCCCUGAAUUGAAAAGUCUAAGAAGUUGUGACUUGCUAUCAUCUAGUUGGUUAUCGGUGGCUUGGUACCCAAUAUACAGGAUUCCUAUGGGACCAACCCUGAAAGAUCUUGAUGCUUGCUUUCUGACUUUUCACUCUCUUCACACUCCCAUGGCAGGCAAUCAAUGUGAGCAUCCACCUGUUGUGAGCUAUCCUGGUGGGAUGGAUGGUAUCCCAAUGGUCUCUUUACCAGUGUUUGGUCUUGCUUCAUACAAGUUUAAGCCACCCCUAUGGGUCCACAAUGAACGGCCACUGGUGAGCUCUUUGUUGCAGGCUGCUGAAGAUUGGCUGACAAUGCUUCAGGUCAAUCAUCCAGAUUAUCUUUUCUUUUCUCGUAGAUGAUACGACAUUUAAACUUCUAGUAUUUCUAUGAUCUGUAAGAAACCCAAAUCAUAUCCAUAUGUGUACGUUGGUCAAUGAGGUGGGACCGUUGGUUUUUUAGUUAUUGACAUAUUGACCAAAAAGGUGAAUUAUGAGGGAAAAAGAAGAUAAAAGAUAAAUGGCUGCUAGAACAAGAGAAAUAAGAAAAGAAAAAGGAGAAAGUCUUGGAAUGGCAGGGAACUAUUAGGAAUUUAGGAUUGAUGAUGCAUGAAUAGAGCAAAGAUAGAGGUAGAGUAGAGAUGCAGGAGGUGUGAGCUUAUAGAAAAGUAAAAGUAAAAAGUAAAUUCCCAUCUUGCAUGCUUCUUUUCCUUAAUGAAAAGUUUGAGAUAAACAGGCUGUUUUUUUUCUCUUCCUGGUGAUCUGUUUGAAGAAGUUUGUAAUGUUACUACUUAGAUAUUGAUAGAAGGGACCAGUGAUGUUCCUUUGUUAUAUUUAUUGAUCAACUGUUGCCAAGUAUUUGCUUGUUUCAGAAUCUUUGAUGUGUUAAUGAUAGUGUUUUAUUGGCAUGUUA